CUGCUGGCGAAGAACCUGCACGUAUUUCGCGGUGUGAGGAGUCUUGCUUUGUCACACGAAACACUUUUUAAAGUUAUGGCGAUAUUGCCGUCAGCGUGCCCUUUCAUCCCUGUGCUCUUGUGGCUUUGGGUAGUUUUUUUUUCAAAAAUAGACUCGUGUUUAACACUGAACGACGUAAAUUUCGCCUUCGCGUCAGCGGUCAGUCAGUGACAAACACGAAACAGCAUCAAACUGAGGCCGUGUCGACAGCUGACAUUUCCGCUCCUCUGUCACGUCCUGUUUGUUUUUACCAGUCCUGAACAGUAAGUGUGUCUUUACACGGGUUAUUCGCAGAGUGGCGGCAGUGCACUGUGAUGUUAAUGGACUCCAGCAGAAUCAAACGAGGAGGAGAGUUUGGGGCCUCGACCAUGUUGCUCCGCUAUCGUCCCCAGGGCCAGCAGCAGGCCACCGGAGGAGCCUCGAAGAGCUCCCGCGCCCCGCCCUCCAGCAGCGACGCGUCCCUGUCCUUCGAGGACGAGCUGGCCGCCGCCAUCCACGGCGCUUUCGAGGUGGCCGUGGAGAUCGCUGUGCUUGAGGUCUCUAAACUGGUGGGCCAGGCCUUGGGAGAUGUUCGUGUCCAGAUGCAUGAAACGCUGCGGGAGAACAGGUCCCUGAAAGAGCGCCUGCUGGUGGCUGAACGGGAGCUGGAUGCCCUGCGGGGCCCUUCGGCCGAUGGGAGCGCGCCGCACGAAAAGGUCGCGCGGCGGCCGGAAAGCCCCCCGCCGGGGGCCGUCCGAGCGGGAGUCUCCGCGGAGAUGGCGGCCGCGGACGUAGACGUGAACGCGGACGGCACCGAAGGCUCCUUCAGAGAAAUCCGUGAGGAUGGCCAAGUCCGCUCCCAGCGCUGGACCCACGGCCCGCCUCAAAGUGCAGAUCUGCCGGAUCGGUCAGCUGUCGAGGGGAAUUGUGUAAAUGUGUGUGGAAAGAACCACCCGGCGGGGAUCAAGUUUGACCAGGAGCGCGCGAGAGCUGCGGCCGAAGACGGUUCCACGUCUCCGGGGUCCGAUAUCAAACGGGUCCGUGUGAAGGAAGAGGAGAAAGAAGUGGCCGGCAGAUCGGAUCCUAGUUCCGGUGCUAACGAAGUCACGGGGGACGAAUUUGAGGCCGACUGCCUGUUUCGCGCUCAGUCCAAACUGCUGGAAGACUGGAGACCUGAACCGCUGGAGGACAGCGACACAGACUCUUUUGCCCCAUGCACCAGCCACACGCUGCCUGACCCUUCUGUUUUCAACUCGGUGGCUACACACUCGAAUGGACUCAUACCAGCUGCCGGUGGCUUUCCCCUUUUUGCGGUGCCCAUUCCGAACCCCUUUCGUUCUGGAGACGCUGAGUUGGUGUCCACCUCAGAGCAGCCUUACAGCCUGCACACAGGCAGCUCCAGUUCUAUCAGCUCCGGCGCUCCCAGAAUGCACAUCUGCAGCGACUGUGGUAUGGCAUUCCAGCAGCUGGCAGAACUGCGCAGACACAGCCAGCAGCACUGCAGCGCCCCACCCAGGAGCACCAAGCGGCCGGCCCUCCCGCCGGGCUGCAGCCCCUAUCACUGCUCACACUGUGGUCGUGACUUCAACCGCCUGGAGAACUUGAAGACUCACCUUCGCAUCCACACAGGCGAGCGGCCCUACAGUUGCUCUGUGUGCGGCGUACGCUUCCGGCAUUCGGGGGCGCUGACGAGGCACUUCCGCAUCCACACCGGAGAAAAGCCCUACAUCUGCAGCCAGUGUGGAAAGACGUUUCGCAACUGUGGGGGGCUUCGCUUCCACCAGCGGUCUCACGUGCGGGAGGGCCAGAGGGCGGUGGAUUGAGUUGAGGAGCCAGGAACUGGGAGGACCUCAGUGAGAGCAAGCGAGCGGUGUCGAGCUUCUCUAGCUCGUCUCUUUGUCAAGCUUGUGCGCAUUGACUUGCGGAAGGAGAAUGCCUCAAAGCCCACGGGCCUUUCUUCUUUAUACAUUGUAUUCUGCGAGGUGGAGAUGGUUAAAGGUCCUGCUCGGUGCUCACGAAUCCUCUUGAGAUAAAGCAAAGCAUAACACCUCUAUGAUUUGUUAUUGAACUUCCCCAGAAAUAUCAUAGAGGUGAGCUAUUAUGGCUCUUGUACACUUCUAGGAAAUUCUCAAUAAGAUGAAAGGCUGCAGGGAGCUACCUGCAGGAGCAUUAACAUUUCUACUAAACACUUCUCAUGUAGCAAGGUGAGAUUUCACUGCAGAAAUAGUGAAUUCAUUGAUGUUGGCAUUUCUUAUUCUGAGAGCAUUUACUGAGGUUAUUUCUUUUGGAAGUCCACCAGAAACCAGAUGGGAGAACGAGGAGCAGACUUGCAGUCAUAAGCGCCUGUAUUUGACACACUCUCCUACCAGCCUUUGGUACGGUAGUAUUUGCAGCAGCACUGAGGAGGAGGACUACUCAGCAGACCUGGUGCCACUAAGAAUGUUACAGUGGUGCUGGAGUGCGAUCCUUCCGUAGCUGGUGGCAGCGAGGAGGCGCUCGGAUUGACAGUGGAGGAGCUGUGUGACAUGGUUUUCGGCACAAUACCAUGAUGCCUGCUGCCGCUGCCCAGAAAGUGUCGUAACGCUCAGGAAAUACGGGAUGUUUUAUGUUGAAAGCAGAGGACGAUAAUGAACUGAGUUAUGUCACAUUUCAGGAAAGCGUCUGCUAAUUGAAUAAAGAAAUGGAUACAAUAAUUUGAGUGGCACGAGGUGAG